GCCCCAAAUCUCAAAAGACUUUUUAGACAAAUCUACUAGCCCACUCUCUCAUACUCCCAAAGACUCUGAUGGUGAUGAAGCUCUCCCUUCUUCAUUUCGCUUGAUCUUCAUUUAAGGUAAAAAUCCUCUCAAAGACUUCAACUUUUUUCCUUCAAUACUUAGAUCUUGCAAAACCCAGUUCACAUUAGUUUCAGGAUCUGAAAAUAAACAACCCAAAUCGAAUAAAAAUCAAAUCUUUAUCGUUUUGGGCAUCUGGGUGUUUCUGUUUUCUACUGUAGACUAGAUUUGAGUGGCUCUAGUGUAAGCUUUAGGUGCCAAACAAUGUUGGGUCGGUCCACAUUUUCCAGACCGGGAAACUUCCGGCCUGAGAAUCUGGGCCCCAACGCCGUUGCUCUGUUCAGAACCCUUGGCUUUGGGUUUUUCGUGUUUGGGGUACUAAUCUUCACCAUCAUUGCCGCCACGUAUGAACCUGAGGACCCUUUGUUUCACCCAUCAACCAAGAUCAGCAAUUUCCUCACAUCUAAAUCCAAUGCCACUUUCAAAUCUGACAACACUGAGGCCAAGACUGGUGAGAAUUUCCUGGCUCCCAAUCAAACAGAGGUUGCUAGCUUCAUCAAUGCUACUGAUGUUGCUGAGCUGAUAUCGAGUGAAGUGCAUGCAGCGGAAGGAGAGGCUGAGGGGGGUGCUGUUGCGGAUUGCGAGGGUCCUAUUGAUUGUAGGGACCCGGAAGUGUUCCAUUUGAUGAUGACAGCGGCUAUAGAGAAGUUUAAGGAUAUACAUUUUUAUAGAUUUGGGAAAGGAGUGCGGGGUUCGAAUGAUACCACUUGUGAUAUGGCUUGGAGGUAUAGGCCUAAGGAGGGGAAGACUGCUUCGUUUUACAAGGACUAUAGGAGGUUUACCAUUUUGAGGACUAAUUGUACUCUGAGUGUGGGUGAUAUUGGAGAGUACCAUACGGGGGUAAAUGCUAGGAAGAGGAAGAAGAAUCAGAAACCCGGGUUUCAGAAGACUGGUGGGAAGCAAGAAGAGGGUGGUGCAUUCCCAAUUUAUGGGGAACCGGUGAAUGAUAAGCUUCCGGUGGUUGAGUCUGAGGGUUCAUUUCGCGGUGGGAAGUACUUGAUUUAUGUAGGUGGUGGAGACAGGUGCAAGAGCAUGAACCAUUACUUGUGGAGUUUUUUGUGUGCUUUGGGUGAGGCUCAGUACCUGAACCGGACUUUGGUUAUGGAUUUGAGUAUUUGUCUCUCGUCGAUUUACACUUCAUCAAGUCAAGAUGAGGAAGGGAAGGAUUUCAGGUUUUACUUUGAUUUCGAGCAUUUAAGUGAGUCGGCAUCUGUCUUGGACCAAAAACAGUUUUGGGCCGAUUGGGAUAAAUGGCAGAAGAAAGAUGGGCUGCGUCUUCAUGUUGUGGAAAAUUUUCAGGUCACACCUAUGAAACUUCAUGAUGUGAAAGAUUCUUUGAUUAUGCGAAAGUUUGGCUCUGUGGAACCAGACAAUUAUUGGUAUAGGGUGUGUGAAGGGGAGACAGAAUCUGUCGUUCAACGACCGUGGCAUUUGAUAUGGAAAUCGAAAAGGUUGAUGGAUAUAGUGUCUGCAAUUGCAUCAAAAUUGAAUUGGGAUUAUGACUCUGUGCAUAUCGAGAGAGGAGAGAAGGUUCAGAACAAGGAGCUUUGGCCUAACCUUGCUCAAGAUACUUCACCUGAUUCACUUCUCUCGACCCUGAAGGACAAAGUUGAAGAUGGGAGGAACCUCUAUAUUGCAACAAAUGAACCAGACACAUCUUUCUUUGAUCCUUUGAAAGACAAGUAUGCCACUCAUUUCCUUGAUGAGUACAAGGAUCUUUGGGAUGAAAAAAGCGAGUGGUAUUCUGAGACCACCAAGCUUAACAAUGGAGUUCCAGUUGACUUUGAUGGUUACAUGAGGGUGUCAGUUGAUACAGAAGUGUUCUUGAGAGGGAAAAAGCAGAUUGAAACUUUCAAUGAUCUCACCAAUGAUUGCAAGGAUGGUGUCAACACUUGCAACGCCGCGGCUAGUUAAUCCCUAUACGUGUUCUGAAACUUUGUCAUUUGCUGCAUUGCAAAUAUCCACGGUUUACUUAGCUAUUUCCUGUGUUGCAUUUGAGAAACUGUACUGUAGACCUUGAUUUUAUUUUAUAGUUCUAGUAUCAAGUAAACAUUUUCAUGAGUUUUGUACUUGUAGGAAGCAACUAUCAAUAUUUCAUUACUUCAAAUAUUUAGCCUCAGGUUGAACUUUGGAGUUGCCUGAU